UUCACCCCUUAAAAAGUGUGGUUGCUGUGGUAGUUUGCUAUUUCACUUUGCUUGCAAGACUGUUAUCCUUUGACCUAGCUGUGAAGAAUCAACCUAUGAGUGACAUAGAAUUUUAUUAAUUUAUAUUUAGAUAUAUUUAAUAAGUUCAGAACAACUUAGCGGCUUUUUCUUUUUUAUCAUGGCCACAGCAUUAAAAUUUACAGUUAAUCAUUAUAUAAUAUACUGUAUAUACAGUACAUCUCACAUUAAUUUCUGAAUAAGCAGAAAACAUUGUUCUUUAAAAUAGUAGAACAGGUUCUAUAAACUUGACAGGAUUAGUGCCACUUUCAAUGGGCUUCAAUGGGCAAUAAAUGAAGAUUAGUGUGACAGCCUGACGAAUACUUUUCACAUAAUAAUUGAAAAUUAUGAAAAGGGCAGUCUGUAAGGAUGUGUUAGAAUAGCAGUGCAUGCGGGUGCAGGUGACUCCAAUGUGCUAACGGCCAUUGUUUCAAAGACUGUCAUUGAAAAAGCCUAAAGCACAAAUGAGUGCUGCCCACACUGAGGUUAGAUAUCGGGGUCUUCACCACAACGUACUGUAGUAAGAACUGAAGAAGUCUCUUGCAUGAGAGGUGAAACGUCCGCAAGUAACUACAACCAAGUCCCGUUGCUCCUGAUUCAACACCCUUGGACAACUAUGACCUUGAUGCAUGAUGUAAGCAACGUUGUGUGUGUGUGUGUGUGAGAGAAGGAAUAAAUUUAAGGAAUAAAUCAGUCCCACAUUCUGGGUUUUCCUCAUAACUUUUAGUGAGACACACAACAGUGCACUCAUCCACACCUGUCUCACCCUCCAGCCCCUGCUCGGGCUCCCUCUUUCCCCCCGCCCCGCCCUUGUCACCCGUCUCCCCACCAGUUCUCUCAACAGCGUCGACUAGCUGGAAUAUCUGAUAUCCGAACAUUUCUGUAACCACAAACUAUUCGUAAACAAAAUGACUGUAGUUACUUUACAACAUAUUAAACAAAAAAUGAUUCAUAGUUUUUUUUGAACCUGUGUUUACACAUUUAGCUUGCAUAUCACCUUUGUACUCUUACAGAGAAUCUCCACAGACUGCAUGCUCCAUUGUUUUGGCUCAAUGGUCCAGUACAUUUGGUUAUAAAUUAAAUGAUCAUUAGUGGUGAAUUUCCCCUUUUAAGAUACUAUAAUCUGUCAUUUUAUAUCAAGCACGUAUCAAAUGACUAGCUGUAAGUGAAAGGGAAAAUUUGCCUCAUGUAUCUCUCGGAUUUUGGUGUAGAACAAACCAGAGUAGAGUGAAUAUUGGACGUACAUCCAUUAGGUUGACCAAGUAGAAAUGAAUGCUAUUGUUACUCUGAAUCUGCUGAUUCCGUAAAUAAACAACAGUUUGUUUUCCAUAUUAAAAACUUAAUAAUAAGUAUAUUAGUAAGUAAUAAGUAAAUUCCCUUCCCUCAAAAGUUUCAUUUUUAAUCUAUUAACCUGGAAAUCAGAAGCAAAACUAACCUGCCAAACACUUUAAAACUGAACUACUACAAGAUUUAUAUUUACAGUAUCGGUGUUUCUUCAGCGGAAAAGAAGCGGUUGAGCUCAAGUUAUUAAAGUACCUCGCUACCUCGCUACCUGUCCGACUGAUAUCUGCCUACUAACAGCUAUGAAGUGUUUUGUUAACCCUGCGUGACUGUGACAUGAUGGCAUGGUGGUGACAGGAUGCUUUGCGGUGAAAAACAUCAAGUCAGCAUAGAAAGAUGGCUGACGCAGCCAGGAAAAUCACAGUUUCACAAUCUUCCCUUGGUGAAGAUGACCUGCCUCUCCCUCCACCCCCUCCUGUACCACCUAGACCCCUGGACUACGAUGGGCAUCCAGCAUUAACUAGCCCCCCUUUGAUUCCUCCAAAAGAAACCUUCUCCACAUUCUACCACCAACGGCAGAAGAGUGAACUGAAGAGGCUCUUUAAACACAUCCAUCCAGACCUACGGGCAAGUCUUGAUGAUGCUGUGGAUGAUGAGAUAAUGAAAGCAGUGCAGUCAGAAGACACUCAUGCAACAGAUGCAGCUUAUCAGUGUGAAGUGCAGUCCAUGAGGUGGAUUUUUGAGAACUGGAAUCUAGACAACAUUGGGGAUCCUCAUGCAACCAAGAAGAUGUUGGAUGAUGAGGAGUUAAAAGGUGGAGAUGUCAGAGGCACAUCCUCUGUGUUUGAGCAUAUUGACAGCACCCAACAAAUGCCUACUAAAAGACAGACCUCUGUCAGAGGUGAUGUGAGAACAUCAACAUGGCUGUUUGAGACCCAGGCCUUAGAUUCUCUAAAUAAAUCAAAAAGAGAAGAAGGGGAACUGGUUGAGGCAGUGCUGAAAGAAUCCAUCCAGCCAGGAGAUGUGACAGGGACUCGACUGCUUUUUGAGUCUAAACCACUGAGUGAUUUGGGACGCUGUAACUCCAUAGAGGAUCAUAGCUUCCUGAAACUGAGAUCGGAGCUCCAGGAGCAGAAAGGAGAUGUCCAGAAGACUGUCAAACUCUUCCAGGCAGAACCUUGCUGUGCCAUCAGAGAUAAAAGCGGCAAUAUACAUGAAGUAAAAUCCAUCUGCAGGGAAGAGAUCAUCAGCAGCAACAUCAGCACUGCCCGUUGGCUUUUUGAAACCCAGCCUUUGGACCUGAUUAAUAAGGGAACUGAGGAAGUGAAAAUCAUUCGGGGCAUAUCACUGGAAGAGGGGCAAAGAGGAGGAGUUGAUCAAAAGAGGUGGAUGUUUGAAACUCAGCCAUUUGAUACGAUACAAGAGGUUGUGGGAGUUGACAAGUUUGAAGGAACGGUGGUUGAAUGCAAAGAAGAGGCUGAUGUCGUCAAUAAGAGGAAGUUUUUUGAGAUGCAGCCCUUGGCAAUACUGAAAGGAGAUUCAGCAGAAAUAUCCUUGGAAAAGGAAGAAGUGAUAGGGGGUGAUGUCAAGACUUCUCUGUGGCUGUUUGAAACGCAGCCCAUGGAGACUCUUAGUGAUACCUAUGAAGUUGGGUGCCUGAAGAAAAUAACCCUUUCAGCUGAUGAACAAGGAGAAGUAAAGGGCAGAAAGAAAAUGUUUGAGGGCUGCAGUAUUAAGAAGAAUACCUCAUUCCAAAAACAAGAGAUUGAAAGGGGUGAUGUUAAGGGAUUCAAACAUGUCUUUGAAACAAUCCCUUUGAGUAAAAUUGCUCAUUCUGAUGAGGAGAUUAUUGGGAGGGAAGAUACCAUUGCAACAGGAAACAUGAAAGGGGAUGAAGCAAUGUUUGAGGCAACUUGUUUAUAUGCAAUUAAGGACAGCUCUGGAAACCUCCAUAAGGUCACAACAGUCAGCCGAGAAGAAUUAAUCAAAGGGAAGGUCAAAAACUAUAAGUGGAUGUUUGAGACCAGGCCUUUAGAUGAGCUUACAGAGGGAAAGGGAAAUGUUGAGGUAAUCAAAGGAAUCACCAGACAGGAGGAUACAACAGCAGACGUCAAGAUGGCAAAGUGGCUUUUUGAAACCCAGACAAUAGAUGGGAUCCAUUCUAAGUUCAACAAGACAGAGCACAAUGCCUCUGUUGAAGCGGAGCCCUGUAAAGGUGAUGUCAAGGCCUGUAAAUGGUUAUUUGAAACGCAACCAAUGGGCAUUUUGUAUGACAAAUCAGAAAAAGUGAAAGAUAAAGAAGCAACGGACAAUACCAACGUCAAGUCCAUUACAUGGCUUUUUGAAUCACAGCCUCUAGACAGCAUCAAAGAUGGUGAUGAGUACAAUUUGAAGCUCUGCAACACCAUACAGGAUUCUGUCAAAUCAGAGGUUGGUGUGCAAACUGUCAAACAUCUAUUUGAAACAGAAACCUUGGAUAGAAUAAGAAAGAAUACAAAUUCAGACCAAGACAUGAGAUGUGUCAGCCAGGUUGACUUUCAGUCAGGAGAUGUCUCACGAGUCAAAGACCUUUUUGAAUCCCAGUCACUUGAUGAAAUAGGAUCCGAGAUGGCGACAUGUGACGAUCAAAACCAAGGUGAACACAUUGAAAGGGGUUCAGUACAUAAGUUUACUUGGAUGUUUGAGAACUGUCCGAUGAACCUGAUCAAUAAGGACAAUGAGGAUGCAAGCAUUCGGAGAGAGAGUGGUGAAGAGAGCGGGGACGUCCACAGCAAAAAGUUUAUAUUUGAAACCUCCUCACUGGACAAAAUCCCCAACGAACCCCUUGAGCAGAAAUUGGUCCCUAUAGAACAGCAUGUAAGCAAUGUAGAUGUGAAAACAAGUACCAUGAUGUUUGAGUCCCUACCACUGUAUGCCAUCAGAGACAAAGAGGGGCAGUUCCAUGAGGUUACAACUGUGAAAAAAGAGGAAGUGAUGAGUGCUGAUGUAAGGGGAGCAAGGUGGAUGUUUGAAACAAAACCACUUGAUGCCAUCAAGGCAGAGAAUGAAGUUUAUGUGAUCCGGGCUGUCACCCAAGAAGAUGUCAAGAAAGGAGACGUCAAGUCAGCAAGAUGGAAGUUUGAGACACAGCCUUUGGACUCUCUUAGCAGUCGUGAGGAGUCCGUUGUCAGGGUCACUGAAGACUUUGGAAGCAGUAAUGUGCAGCUCAGUAAACAGAUAUUUGAAUCUGAACAGUCAUGCAAGAACUUUGUGCGAAUGGUUAGUGUCACAGAUGUCCAACAGGGUGAUGUCAGGACCUCCACAUGGCUCUUUGAGAACCAGUCGAUUGACAGUCUGAAAGGGGAACCUCAGGAGCAAGGUCCAGUGAAAACAGUCCACAGGGAAGACAGCCAGCAAGGAGAUGUGAAACGCUGCACUUGGCUGUUUGAAUCUCAGCCCCUGGACAAAAUCAAGGAGCCUGAGGAUACCUCAAAGCAAGGUGUUGAGGAGGAGAUACCAAAAGCGGAUGUGAAAUGCACUACCUGGCUCUUUGAGACAACUGCGUUGGACAAAAUCACUGCCAACAGUGUUGCUGACACCCUGUCAUAUCUAUACCAAAUGUCUUUCAUUCACUCAAGUGGCAUCAUAAUAGAAGCUAAUGAGAGCAGAAAUGUUAACAUGGCUAAAUAUCUAGUUGAAAGCAAUGAAGGUGUGCAAAUCCAGAAGGAAGAGGUUAUUGGGGGUAACAUCAGAAACAUCAUGUCACAACUCUUACUUAAACCAACCCUAAAGCCCCAAGUUACUCUUCUUAGAGAAGUGGAGAAGGGUAAAGUGAACACCACAGUGGUAGAACUCCCAGUCUACCAGUCAGCCACAACUAUCAACCUUGAGAGGGAUCAACGGAUACAAAAUAUUGUCCAGAUGAUUGAUGAAUUGCUUGUUCAAGAUAAGGUUUUGAAAAAAGGAAUCAUCAUGCAAGAGACUGCAGGAGGACAAGCAGAGAUGUUAGUUUAUUCACUUAUGUGCAAUUAUGAAAGCAAAACCGGGAGUCAUGUUAUAGAAAGAGGAGAUGUAAAGUCUACAAUUGGAAAUCUCUUAGCUACUGCCCAAAGCCAGAGGACUGCAGCGUCGUGUAGAGUGGAUGAAACUGAAAAGGGAAAUGUGAACUUGUAUAAAAGCUGCAUUGAGAAAGGAGAUCUGCACUACCUGAAAAGUCUUCACACUGAGUUGUCAGGAGAUGAAGUUGAUUACAGCCUUCUUGCAAAAGAACAGAUUGAAAUAGUUCAGGGAGAUGUGAAAGAAGCAAAAAGAAGUCUCUGCCAGCAGAAAGAGCAGGUAGAGCGAACCAUUUCCGAUGUUUUGGCAGGGGAUGUACAGUAUGCCAAAAAGGUUUUUUCAUCUGAGUGCUCUGUCAGUGUUGAAAACAGUGUUCCAAAGAAAGAAAUAAUUCCUGGGGAUGUUUUAUCAGCAAAGCAACAACUUGGAGUAAAGCAACCUGCCAUGGUAGAAAAAGAGGAAAUUGUUGCUGGGGACAUUAAGGCAACAUUGCAGUCAUUAGAACGUGCAAAGCAACAGAGCAUGUGUGUGGAGCGAGAUAUCAUUAUACCUGGAACUAUCUAUGACAUGGAUUUGUCAGCCCAAGGUCCUGAAAUAGAAGGAACCUCAGCCCAAAAAGAGGUCAUUAUAUCUGGAGAUGUGAAGGCGGCUAAAAAGUCCCUUGAAAUGGCUAAGCAGCAAAGCAUGAAUGUGGACCGUGAAGUCGUUGUUCCUGGAAAUAUAUACAACCUUAAUGUCUCAGCACAAGAGGAAAGCUCCUCCGCUCUGAUGCAAUCUACAUGUUCGUCUUCCUCCGGAAGCCAGCAAAUCAGGACUUAUCCAAAGUAACAUGUGAAGGACAACCAUCCAUUACAACACAGAAUUCAACACCCAACCCUGUAGAAAAUGGAAGCUCAAAAUCCCCCAUGUCUGAAAGUGUAACUCCACCUCCACUCCCUUUAAAGACUAGUGAGAAACAACAGG